AUGGCGCUGUGUGUGUGAGCCAUGGCCGCCUCUCCGACCACCCUGGGGAAGCUACCUGUGGUGCGCUGUCGGCUGCUGCAGCGCUACGAGCACCAGCCCUUUGUCUCGUGCCUGGCCGGCCUCUAUGGCUGUCAAUGGAGACGCUACCAGAGGACCCGCGCCACGCCAGGAGACUGCUGCUGCAGCAAGUUGGAGUGUGCCAGCUUUGCGCUCCUCAUCGUGACGUUCUGUCUCACGCUGGUCUUCCUCUACUUCUGGAGUGAAGCUCAGAAUGACUACAAUGAUUUUGACUGGUUUAACUUUGGGAACCUGGGUUUCUGGUUCCCCUGGUCUGUGGUGUUGCUGGCCAUUGCUGCUGCCUUCUUCAGCUACAUCACUCUGCUGCUGCUGUUGGCUGUGUGUCUGCUGUCAGAGGGACAGAAGCUGUACCUGCACUGGGGCCACAAGAUUGGGGUCCUGGUGAGUCUAGCCUUCUCCAUUCUGGCCACAGCAGUGCUGUCUGACCUAUGGAGCAAAGAGUGGACCACUCUUCUCCUCUCUUUCCAGGUGACAGCGCCAUAUUUACACGUGGGAGGAGUCUUGCUGAUGACACUCCUGUCCUGGCCAAUAGCCUUGCAUUUUUUCCACAUCAAUAGGAAAGUUGGGCGGGCGCUCAUCAUGGGGCUGUACCUGGCGGUGCUGUGUGCCCUCUACCUGGUUCCCCUGGGCAUAUACUCGCCCUGCCUUAAAGAAGAGGGCACUCUGGGCCCCGCACCAGCCCUCAUCGGGCACAGAGGGGCACCCAUGCUUGCGCCAGAGAACACUCUCAUGUCCUUUGAGAAGGCGGUGGAGGCUGGAGGGCAAGGUCUAGAGACUGACGUCACCAUCAGUUAUGACGGGGUGCCCUUCCUAAUGCACGACCACACCCUGAGGAGGACCACCAAUGUGCAAGAGGUGUUCCCCAACCGGACGGAUGCCCCUGCGGCGAUGUUCACCUGGGGGGAGCUGGAGACCCUCAACGCCGGGGCCUGGUUCCUCCAUCGUGACCCCUUUGGCACGGCUUGGUCUCUGGGCAACAAGGACCGGGCGCAGGCGCAGAACCAGUCCAUUUGCACCUUCAGGGAGUUUCUGGAGCUGGCUUCCCAGAGGGGCAAACAGGUGAUCUUUGACCUCUACCGGCCCCCUCAGGGACACCCCUACAGGGACACCUGGAUCACACGCACCCUGGAGGUCAUCCAGAACGAGUCUUCCAUCCACUCACACCAGGUGUUGUGGCUGCCCCCAGACCUGCGUAGCCUGGUCCAGCAGAUGGACCCUGACCUCCAGCAUACCUUGGGGUCCCGGGCUCCAGUUGAGGAGCUGCAGCAGAAUCACAUCGUCCAACUCAACCUGCACUAUAGCUCCAUGUCCACAGAGAUGAUAAGGUGUGUGGUUGUGUGUAAGUGUGUGUCUUUGCAUUGUCUGUCUGAGUUGUAUUCCUCCCUCAGUGAGUAUGCGGCGGCCAACAUCAGCAUCAAUCUGUAUGUUAUCAGCCAGUCGUGGCUCUACUCUCUUGCCUGGUGCUCUGCGGCUCAGUCUGUCACCACCAAUGCUCUACAGCUCCUCAACAAUCUCAGCAGACCCCUCUUCCUUAUGACUCCAGAUGAGUACAAUCUGAUGUGGGUCCUUACCGAUGUGGUGUCCUUCACCCUCAUCUUCAUCAUCUUCAUCUUCCACUGGUGGCGAGAACAAAGCCUGGCUUUCUGUUUGGGCAGCAAACCCACACUAGAACAUGGAACUUACAGCAAGUUCAGGACAGAGAUGAGUGAUGUGUGGUCCGUCUCCAGUGCCAACAUCCUGGGAGAGCCCGCUCAAAGCCCGCUGGCCACUGAGUCCAACUUGGCAACCGUCUCAGAACACUGAUAACCAAUCAACCAACCAACCUCCCCUGUUAGGCUCAGUUGAAACAAACCACUCCUCACUCUCCCCCUCAACCUGGCAACUUCCCGGACCCCAAACUGGCAACUCACCAGGAUCGACCCAACCUGGAAAUCCGGGACCCUACUGGAACCGUGAGUCCAACCUGGCAACCCAGAGACCAACCUGGCAACCCCCUGUAGAUUUUGGUGAGAGAAUGAAACACAGAGAGAAUGCGAAAUAGUUCAAUGAUAUGAGUGAGGCCUAUCUGAGCUGUAAGUGGUGCUGAUGUGUUUCUUGCAGAAGGUAUUUCAUUGGAUAGAAAUUAAUCCGUAAAUCAAAUGUGACUGAAGAACAGCCCAGACAACCUCAAGGACCAUAACCAACUCAUCGUUCAUACUACAGACACCAUCUGGUGGUGAGAAGAGAAUACUACACUAUUGAACCAGGUCCAUUGAGAUUGAUUACUUACUCACUGCAUUAAUAGAAGAAGAAAAGUGACCAUCCGCUGUAGAUAUUCUCAACUUGUAUUACCCUCCAUUGUCCAUAGGUUCCAUUCCAUUUCAGAAGUUCAGUGUUGAGUUACGUGAACCACAAAUGCUUGACCAUUUUGUUAGUGUGUGAGAGUAUGGUGGAUAAGAUGUGUGAAUAUGACCAGACCGGGGUUCAAUUAGUAUGUGUUUGUUUUCUUUUGAAAUACUUUAGCUGUGCUUGAUUGCCCUUUCCUGGCAUAAGGGAACCAAUGAAGUAGUUCCAAAAGUGCACUCCGCCCAUCUGGGAUCUGGCACUCCAAUCAAACUGUCUCAAGCCUCAUUUACAGUGAGGGGAAAAAAGUAUUUGAUCCCCUGCUGAUUUUGUA